GCGGAAGUAAACGCUGUAGAUCGACGGGAAGUCAAAUUUCCAUCAUGGAGGCAUGGGUCUGAAAGUCAUCGGAUGAUAAGAAAAUACGUUAUUUAUGUCGUAUUGACAUUGCAUUUCAGAAAUUGGUUGAGCGGAUAUCGUCGUCACUGAGUACAAGUACCAUCCUUGUCCAGACAUGACACGACCACUGAGGGGGUCUCUCUGGCCCUGCCUAGUGAAAAUCUGCACCUCCAGACCCCUUCAGGCCAACAGUCACCAUCCCCGCCAGCUACUAAUGGCAUCCACUCUGCCCACCACCCCUUCCUGUGCCUACUCCAGUGACAUCAAGGUCCGCUCCUACCUGCAGUAUGUGAAGCGCAAACUUAAGUCGCCCCCCAAGCCCCCUUACAGCCACGUGUGCCAGGUGGGAGACCCUGUGCUGCGCGGACAGGCGGCCACCGUCGCCCCUGAGGAGGUGGGCAGUGCAGACGUUCAGCAGGUGAUCCGCACACUCGUGCAGGUGAUGCGACGGUUGGAGUGUGUGGGACUAAGUGCGCCCCAGAUCGGCGUGCCGCUGCGCAUCCUGGCACUGGAGUACCCCAAGAAGAUGCUGGAGGACAGCUCAGAGGCGUCCCGACGGGCGCGCGGCCUGGAGGCCUUCCCGUUGAGCGUCUUCAUCAACCCAGAGUUGCGCGUGUUGGACGGACGCACCGCAGUUUUCCAGGAGGCCUGCGAGAGCCUCUCGGGCUUUUCUGCAUCUGUUCCGCGUUACCUCUCAGUGGAAGUGUCAGGUCUGAACGAGAAAGGUGAGCCGGUGACGUGGCAAGCCAGUGGCUGGGCCGCCCGCAUCAUACAGCAUGAGAUGGACCAUUUAAACGGUGUCCUGUACAUAGAUCGCAUGGACAGUAACACCUUCAUCAACAUUAAGUGGCAGGAGUACAAUGAAUAGCAUCAGGAGCGAUCAUGUUUUCGGUGAAAAAAGUCAAAUGAGCCACAUUGAGAUAUCCAGAAGGAAAACCACGCAGAACAACUGGGACUUUAGGAUUGUCACCUGUAGAAUCUCAACCAAGGAUAACGUUGCUCGUGAAUUAGGAUUUGGGUGUUCUUCACAUGCAGAUGAAGGUUAAUUAGAAAACUGUGGAAGACCUAUGUGUAGUCAUAAGCUUAAAGGAUAAAUCUGGCGAGCUGUCACAUAAAUCGGUGUUUCUUGAGGUCACCGAGCACUGUUGGUACGAAAAGAAAGAAAAAACCCAAACUGACAGUAGGCCUACUCUGUGACAUCAAGAAACGGAGAUCUUUGUGAAAACAUGACAGGUUUCUGCUUUGAUGUUGUCAACAGAGGUGGUUUUUUUUGUGACGGAGAGGAUUAACAGCAAUCUGCAAAUGAGUAUGCACUGCUAUGCAAUUGUGGCGCAGUUGCUGAACAUUGUGUCAGUAACUAUAUGUGUGUGUUCAUAUGAAUAAAAUACUUUGUUUA